UUUGUCUCUGCAGCCGUUUGAGUACCCCAUGUGCACACCUGAAGGGCAAGUCUUUGACCUCCUGAGUAUAGUUCCAUGGGUUAAGAAGUUUGGGACCAACCCAGCCUCCGGAGAGGUACCUUUCAGUGAAGACACACCGGAGAACAUGGAAUAGCUCAAACUGUCCCCUGCUGUCAAUUGAAGAGAUCUUGAUAGUUAUUGUUCUCUGUAUUGUUUUUUGGGUGCUUUGGUGGCUCAGCUGCUGGUUUGAAAACACGAGGUAACACACAGUAGCAUAAAAAGCGAGAAGAGGAGAAAGGUAGAUGCCAUCACAAUGGCAUGUGAGACUGGAUUUGGACCAGACUCUGUACUCCAGGGUUCCCAGACCUGUGCCCUGCUAUCACGUAAACCACGGGUUCAUUUGAGACCAAUAGUCUGUAUCACGGAGUGCCAGCUGCUCUGUUCCACUAACCCCCGGGGCUCAGAACAAUCCUGCUUUGUUUACCCGUGAAACACGACCACAGUCUCUGCAGGGGUGAUAUGUGCUGCAGGGCAGGCAUGCCGCUCUAGAUGUCUUGGCUUGAUUAGGUGCUCUACAAGCCUAACUCUUGUUUUUGUUGUUGUUAAUACUUGUUUAAGAGUGUGUUUGGGCCAGUGCCUGCCUAUCACAAUGUUUCCUGAGGCUGAGAUGAAGAGGGCUCAUGGGUACUGUGUGAUUGAAGCCAGGCUGACACCUGCUGGCAGAGAGGAGUAGCCAAUAGCAGAGACGAGAGGGUUCAGACACUUCUAUCAGACUUGAACAGCUUCCAUAUCCCUCUGCCAUCCUAAACGCAUAUAUUAUUCUACCCAUAAAGAUAUUGUCUCCUUUAUCUGUACAGUAUUUGAACAAUGCUGUGCUUUAAGCUGUGAAAUAUAUAUAUAUAUGCAUUUUAAAUCAAUAUUUUUCUGUGUUCUGAUCAAUUAGAACCCCUGCUAAAGGUUCUGCUCACUGUUGCGUGUCCCUCGGUGCUGGGUUUACGUAUGUUCUGGUUCCAGUUCUACCUUCUCCUGGUAUUUAAAGACAUUGCGGGGGUGAUGCAGGUUACCAGCGCUGCUCUGCUGUAGUUUGAUGCUAAUCUGAGACCAGGAAUGACGUUAAACUUUCCCUCCCUCCCUUCUGUGUGCGAUUUUGCUGCAUCACGGUUUCCAUGGCAAUUGAACAGAGUCAUAAUAACGGCUCUCUGGGUUGUUAAAUGUUCUGUUUUUCAGUGAAUCAUUUAUUUGUCCUUCAUGGUAAUCAAAAGCAACAGCUCUGAGUGCUGUGGAAGAGAAGUACUGGUAUCAGUUGGAAGUUUUUGCUCUGUGGAAAGACUUGAAACCAGAACAACGUGUCCCUUCCAGUGUGCUAAUUGUAUAUCAAAUGCAUACAGAAAGGAAGUUGGGUCCAUUGCUAAGAGGGUAGUGUUGCUUUAGCAGGAGAGGCUAGUUAUCUCCAUGAACCCAAAACUGAACCACACACUGCCAUGCCUCUCGGACAUUGCCUGUAUGUUAAAUAGAUGAUGGUCUGUAUAACCCUGCUGAGGUUAAGUCCCUCAAGUCCUUUUGAACUGUAUGUUGUCUCCUUGUCAGAAGAGCAUGACUAGGAGGGGUCACACUUUGGCUAGUGCAUGGUAUACAGGGCUGAAUGCAUCUAGUUAACUGAGACAAGGGGCAUGAUUUUUCCACAGGGGGGGCAAAUUGCCCAAGUCGUACCUUUUCAGUUCGUCCAUAGUGGAAUAAAUAGACCCUGGUUUUACUGAAUGGAUUUUUACAGCUGCUGACUGCAACAACACUUCUGAAUCCGCUUAAUUUGAUCUUUGCACAGAAUUCUCUGUUUGCUGUUCCUCAGAUCAUCUCCAGGUUUGUUUACAGCAGUGCCUGCAGCUUAAUGUGAAGAAAAGUGGCUUCACACAUCCAGCGUGGGCCUCGAGUCUCAGGAAUAGGGUUCAUCCAAGUACAAUCCUGGGGCAGGUUGUUCUGAGGGAGCAGUGCAUUUCAUUGCUUUCAUCCCAGAGAUAUUGUGUGAUGGGAAAGCUCUGAAGUGCUGUGGGGGGAGGGGGAUUUAUUAGGGUUUCAAUGUAAUAUGAAUGUAUUUCAAAGAUUGGAGUAAAUAAUGCAUCAGUAGCAUUGUCAUCUGCCUCAUGAGAACUCGCAGUGUCAUUAUUAAUAUGCAUGUGCUAUAUUUAUUUAUUUUUCAGAAACUGGAAGCAAAAUCACUUAUCAAACUGAACUUCUUCAAAAACAGUGAAGGAAAGUACCACUGCCCCGUCCUCUACACAGUGUUCACAGACAACUCUCACAUCGUCACCAACAAGAAAACUGGAAAUGUGUUUUCUCACGAGGCGGUGGAACAGCUCAACAUCAAAACCAAAACUUACAGGGACCUGCUGUCGGACGAACCCUUUGCAAGGAAGGAUCUCAUUACUUUGCAGGAUCCUACAAACCUGGACAAGUUCAACGUGUCAAACUUUUUCCACGUUCAAAACAAUCUGAAAGUUACAGAUCCAGAUGAGGAGAAGGCCAAGCUGCACCCAGCGUACCACCUCAAAACCACCAAUCUGGAGACCAGGGAGACUCUGGCUGAGCUCUAUAAAGACUACAAAGGGGACGAGCUGCUGGCCUCCACCAUGAAGCCUGCCGAGAAGAAGAACACCGACAAACUGAACGCGGCUCACUACUCCACAGGAAAAGUUUCAGCUUCCUUUACCUCCACCGCAAUGACACCUGAAACAAUCCAGGAAGCAGAUGCUAUUGCGGAUGACACCGUGCGUUAUCAGUAUGUAAAGAAGAAAGGAUACGUGCGGCUACACACCAAUAAGGGGGACCUGAAUUUGGAGCUACACUGCGACAUGGUACCAAAAGCAUGUGAAAAUUUCAUUAAACUGUGCAAGAAAGAAUACUACGAUGGCACCGUCUUUCACAGAUCCAUCCGGAACUUUAUGAUUCAAGGAGGGGAUCCCACAGGAACAGGAACAGGUGGGGAGUCGUUCUGGGGAAAACCUUUCAAAGAUGAAUUCAAACCCAACCUCUCGCACAAGGGCCGCGGGGUCCUCAGCAUGGCAAACUCGGGGCCAAACACCAAUAAAUCUCAAUUCUUCAUUACGUUUCGUUCUUGCACCUACCUGGACAGGAAGCACACGGUGUUUGGGAGAGUGGUUGGGGGUUUUGAAACAGUAACUGCAUUGGAAAACGUGGAGAGUGACCCCAAAACAGACCGCCCAAAGUCGGAGAUUAAACUUCUGAAUGCGACCGUCUUCGUGGAUCCUUAUGAGGAGGCAGAUGCCCAGAUUGCAGCCGACAGGGAGAAGACUCUCCAGGAGGAGGCGGAGGAGAAAGCCAAAGCGAACCCCGUCCUUCCAAAGAGCAAGGACAGCCUGGCCCCAAAGACCUACCGGCCCGGCGUGGGCAAAUACAUCAACACGGUUACAACUAAGCGGACGGCCAGUUCAGAGGACGGUGGCCCCUCAACCAGCGGAGCCUCUGCCUCUGCAGCUGCUUCAGCAAGCAAGAAGCUGAAGGGAAAGACAGGCUUCGGGGACUUCAGCUCCUGGUAGAGCAGGGAGAGACGUCCCUGAAGCACAGUGGCACACAGGGAGCAGACUGCAACUCGGGGAUAGAGGUGACCAGUGAGAGACCUUUUCUGUAGAAUAAGGUCUAAGAAAAUGUAUUGCUAUAUAUUUUUAUUAUUUUUUUAUUCGUUAUACAUGGAAAGAGAAUAGGAUGUCUGUUAUUAAAAUUCACUUUUUCUGCUUGCAAACAGGUUUUUUUGUUUUUUUUUGAUGAAAGAUCUAAUAAAAAUGACAUUUUGGAAUUAGUUUCCAGCCACUGUGCUUGUUGAGUCAGACCAUGUUAAAUACAGGCCUCCUAAACCUUUCUGAGGCUGUGGUGGUUAAAGCUGCUGCGGGGAGUCCUGGGGGGGUGUCUGUGUCACUGCCGGGGUCACGGUGCAGCCCUGUUUACAGUGAGAGCUGGUGACAGGAGCGGGGAGUACCCAGCCCUGCCAGCACCCCAGGGGAGGGGUCUCUAACAAGGCAUGAAUACCAAGCAGCACUGCACAAUGCAAGCCUUCUUUAAGACACUCGCUUUUAGUGUGUUUUUUUCACUGUGUUUUUUUUUUUUAAAAAACAUCCAAGUAUCUCAUUUUGCUCUCAUGAUUUUAAGUCCUGUUUAUUCAAAGAAAGCCCAUUUGAAAUCUGUGAGUUCAGGGUAUGUCUGGGAUAUGAAUUGAAUUUGUUACGUUUGCAAAAAAAAAAAAAAACACCUCCCUUUUAGAACCUAUGUAGAUGUCAACAAGAAUAGAUCUUUUAACUGUUCAGUCGUCAAAUACAAGGCGUUGGUUUAAGCCCCACAUUUAUGAAUAUAUCUCUUUCCCCCCGCAUAUGUUUUUUGUAUCCUAAUAAAUGUAAGAGUUCAUUUAUAAUAAUUUCUACAAACCUGUUUUGGUGUAAACUUGAUCAUUUGUAUAGUUUUGAUAGUCGGAUCGUGUCAUUUUUUGUUUUAUUGUGUACUAGCAAUAAAACAUGUAAACCAUC